UAACAUAUUGGCCAACCCUUUUCUCUUUCUCUCUCUCUCUCUCUCAUUCACUUUGAGUUUGACCCGUUGCCUGCCACCGGCAACCUCUCUUUUUUUCUCUACUCCAAUGGCGACCCCACUCAGCUGCACUCUCAAGAGGAUCUUCUAACUUGGAGACCCUCUUUGUCUGAGCAUAAAGUCCUUUAAUAAAUAAACCUUUCCUUCUCUUCCUUUUCUCUUUUUCCCUUUCUCUGAAACCCUAGUUAAUAGCUUUCUCUCUCUCUCUCUCUCUCUCUCUCUCUCUCUCUCUCUCUCUCUAACCAUCAAAAGAGAGAAAGAAAAAGAAAGAAAACAAAACCCUUUUCUCUGAAAACCAAAAAGAAGACCACCCUCCGUAUCUCUUCUAGCUUUCCCCAUAGCCAUAAUUGAGAUUUUACGUAUUUAGAUUUAUUUUCUCUUCUUUUGAUAGCUCUCUCCAAACAGUGAAAGACAAGGGAAAGAUUUGCUUUCAGAUAUUCGAGAUCGGGAGCUCGUUCGCUUAAAAGAUUUGGAGAACUUCUUCUUCUUCUAAAGUAGUACUUUUUCAUUUUCACUUAUUUCAUUGGGUUCUUGAUCAUUUAAUUAAGCAUAACAAUUUGCAGGUCUAUCUCUUUUUCUCUGUUUGUUUUCCUUUUCCUUUAUUCCCCUACAACCGUCCUCGUUUCCUUUUUUUUUCACUUUUACUUUUAGCUUUCUAGCUAUAGAGCUAUGGAUUCUGGUAAUAGUGGAAGUAUGCAAUCUUCCAGUGGAGGUGAUGAAGAGUACGAUUCUCGACCCGAAUCGAUCCCAUCUUUCUUGAAUCCUCCACCUCCUCCUCCUACCCAUUUUGGUUCCUCCGAUUCAAAUCCAGAACCUUCUCUUCUUUCUCAUUUCCAAAACCACCAAUCUGCUGGUUUCUUUGACAUUUCAUCCAAUUAUUUCCAAGCAUUGUCUCAAUCUCAACCUAAUUCAAAUCCCAAUUUCUUGCUCAACCUUGACACUGUAAGGUCUAGACCCCAAAGAUCUGAACCCCUCAACUGCACUGAACUUGGAAACCUAGCUGUCGGUGGCGCUUCAUCAUUAUUAGCUUCUCAAGGAUCAGGACCAGGACUGGGACCAGGCCUUAGUCCUAGUCAUGGUCCCGGUCCAUCAGUUAUACAAUUACGAUCAGUUAACAAUGAAGCUGCUGGUCAUCCUGGUCGAGGAACAGCAUCACAGACCAACAACAACCAAGGAGGACGAAACUCCAAGAAACGAACCAGAGCUUCAAGGCGAGCACCCACCACUGUUCUCACAACAGACACAUCGAAUUUCAGAGCAAUGGUUCAAGAAUUUACAGGGAUCCCAGCACCGCCAUUUUCUGGCUCUUCGUAUUCUAGAAGAUUCGAUCUCUUCGGAACAGCAGGCGGUGGUUCAGCUAUGAGGUCUGGUAAUAUGGAUACAUUGGGACCUCUCUACCCUCUACGUCCUUCACCUCAAAAGGUUCAUCAUCAAUCCCCAUUUCUAUCAUCUUCAUCUUCUUCUUCUCCAUUGUUGCACAACAAUAACAUGAUCGAAGCUACAAAUGUUGCCACUACUAGUAAUAACAAUUUCCUUUCCAGUAGUAGCAACUACCAACAGCAUCCACCUCCAUCGACGUCUGAUCAAGUAUUUCCCAAACAUCAUCAUCAUCAACAUCAUGUGUUGAACAUGCAAACCAACCCAAUUAAUCUUCCAUUCCAGUCUCUCCCUCUGCACACUUCUCUCAAUGUGCCCGGUUUCGGGACGAGACCACCUCAAGCAAGUCUAUCUAUGGCUGCUUCGUUGGAUGAACUCGACAUGAGCGGCGGCGGAGGCCGUGGAUACAUCAACACCGCCAACCGCGGUGUUGAUCCGGAUCAUGGAAGACAUGAACUUUUCAGGGCUUUGGACGGGAAUUCUCCCAUCCGGGUCAGCAAUACCAGUAGCUGCAAGUUGAACUACACGGCGGCUUCUUCGUCGGAGUUUCACCCGGAAAAGGGACUGGAGAUGAAUGUUUCAACGAGAGGUGAAGGUACGGUUGAUUCGUGGAUCUGUCCUUCAGACUAAGUAAGUAUUUUAUAUAAUGGAGGGCUUGUCUUUGCUGGCUUUUUGAGACAAAUGAACAUGGCGGAGAUAGUGGCUAUUGUGGUGGUGGUGGUGGUGAUGCUGAUAAUGGUGGAAUAUCUUCAGGUGAUGAUGAUGAAGAAAGAUUGUGGGUUCUUAAAAACUUAGUCAUCACUCCUUAAUUAUUUUGCAACAUCAUGAUGAUUAUUCUGAUUGAUUAUAAAAUUUUUGGGGGUUAUGAAAUGAAUAAUGAUUUUACUCACUGAACCUAAAUAUAUAUAUAUAUAUAUAUAUAUUAGAAAGUAUCAUCAGUUCUGUUUAUAUUGAAUAUAUAUGUAUUUUGUAGAUA